CAAUUGCGCGAUGUGUCAUCUCUAGCGCGAAAUAAGCAACGCCAAAAAAAAGCAAUAGCAAAAAAAGCAAAGCAAGAGCAUCAAGAGCUGGGAAAAAUCGGACAAUUUUAGAUAAUCCCCCAGGAGGAGGACUUGUGUCUGAAGAAAAUUGGUUGGUGGAGAUCCCAAAAGACAAGAUCCUGGCGCACACACUCGCUGUCCGUUUAUAUCGAGUGUGCGAGAGUGUGUGCGUGCGGGUUUUUACACCUACACGGAUUCCCAACUGUGGGUCGGUGUGUGUGUGUGUGUGCAUCUCGACGAGAACUAUCGAAAAUCGUUCUUUUCUGGGUAAACAAAAACAAAACAAUUAAAUGUGAGCAGCGGAUCUUCAGGAUACGGAUCAGAUCAAGAUAAAGAUCUGGAUCAGGAGCACAGGCCCAGUGAAUCCCCACUAAAAGUAGCAGCACCAUCGAAGCAACAUGUCCUCAUCGACGUCAGAGCGCAAGCGCUACCACAAGGACAACGCGCCCACGGACGACAUCCUAACGCUGAUCAACCUGGUGCGCCAGAAUCCGGCCCUCUACAACUACAAGCUGCAACCGAACCAGCGACGCCGCUCCGAUGUCCUUAAUGGAUGGCAGGAGGUCGCCCAGCAGAUAGGAAACAAGUACACGGUGCAGGAGGUGCGUCGCAAGUGGAAGAACCUGCGGGACACGUUCCACCAGUACCGCCUGCGCACGCCCAAGUACAUCGAGGGCCGGCUGUCCAAGUGGCGCUACGCCAAGGAGCUGGACUUCCUGUCGACGGUGUACCAGCCCAAGUUGAAAUCGCACCGGAACACCCAGAGUGGCUAUGAGGCGAGUGGCGGAGGAGGCGGGGGCGUGGGUGGCGCAAAUAGCACCAGUUUGCCCAUUGGGGCGAUGCUGCAUCUGAAACAGCAUGUGGACGACGACGAUGACGAGGUGGUGGACGAUGAUGGGCAGUCGGAUCACGAUACGGGCACGCUAUCCUCGCAUCACGGAACCUCGCAGAUCACACUGGUCAGCGAAGAGGCAGAGACCUUCAUCCUGACCGCCUACGAGGAGGGCGUGUCGGACGACACUGUUUCGCAACACCACCAUCACCAUCAUCACGGCCACCACCACCAGCAGCAGCACCAUCACCACCAGCCGCACCAUCAUCACCACCAUCAUCAUCAGUCGCAGCACGAUGGCAGCAUCUCCAGCAUUGAGCUCUCCCAGAUUGCCCACGAUGACGAUGUGGUCGAUGAUGUGGACGACGACGAUGAUGUGGUGGAUCACGAUGGUCAGGUUGAUAUUGUGAAGCAUGAACUGGACGAGGACGGAGCCACCGGCGCCGAGGUAGACUACGAGGAGGUGUGCCUGUACGAGGAGGCCAGCGGUGCCCAUGUGGACUGCGAGAUGGGCGUGGGCGAUGCCGUUGACGGCGGCAGCGAUGUUACCAACGGCAAGGGCUUCCACUACAUCGAUGCCCAUGACUUUUGCAUAUCCGACAUUGAACCGCAGUCGGUUCGCUCCAGCCAGCAUCAGUUUUCGAGCAGUGGAGGAUCGGGCAAUGCCUCGAACAGUGUCCUCGCCGGUGGCACUUUGGUGGCCGAUGGCAAGCUCAAGAAUCUCACGCUGGUCACCACCACGGCGGCGUCGGCGGCAGGAGGCGGUGGGCCAUCCAAUCGUCAUGAUUCCUCGGUGUCCACGCAGCAGAUUUCCCUGGUGGAUGUGACCGAGGCGACGAGCACCAGUGUGACGAUUUCCAGCACGCCAGCGAUUUCUCUGAAUGCCGCCACGGUGACCACCACUCCAGCAGCCGCGCUGUGCAACACCACAUCCUACACAUCCACGCCGACGGCCACGAUCCUUCAGCUGCCCCCCCUGAGUUGCGGAUCCGGCCAGCCAUUGGCCGUUAGUGCGGCGGCCAGCAGCUCCAACAACCUCGUCAAAGAGGAGGAGCUGCAUCAGCAGCAUCAAGUGGCCCAGGCGCUGGCCAAACGUGAUGAGCUCGAUCUGUUCUUCGACUUCCUCAAGAAGAAGAUGCAGUGUUUCAGCAAGACACAGAUCACGCACAUUCAGAUGGAGUUCCUCAAUUGCGUCAGUCGGCAGGAGGCGGCCGAACAGGAUGGCAAGGAUUAGAGACACCCCUUGCCAUUCCUGAUACCCCACACAAACCCCCCGAUCCCUGAGUAGUUGCUUAGUUUUUUCCAUGUAUAGGAUUAGGACUCGUACCGUUUACCAGUUUGCAAGUUCGCGGCUUCCGUGUUCUUCAGUUAGCUUUACCCUCCACCCACGAAAACCCGGAACCCUAAAUCCCUCACCUUUUUGCACCAGCCAAUCGCGUAUACAUAUAUAUAUAUAUUUAUAUAUAUAACCCAGCGUUAUAAACAAUUGUAAUUGAAUAUAAGUGUAAAAUAAAUCGAUUCUCGAAAAUGAUACAAGAUCUGGGGGAUUACGGCAAGAUAGUGUAAAAUUUUGAAUUCUUAAAGAUGGAUAAUUCGAUUGCAGUCAUACAAUAAGGAUUAGGAUUUUUCUGGCUUAUCCUUUUGAAUCCCAAAAUUAAAGUCUUACACGUUGAAAAACAAAAAAAUUGGCAUAAUAUAGAAUAGCAUAAGAAAUUUUAAAAUGGAAUAGAGUAUACAAAAUACAAAUUGUUUGCAUAAUUUUAAACCACAAAAAAAUUAGGAUAAGAUUGCUUUAAAACAAAUAUUAGCUACUUUACAAUAUCACGAAUUCUUUGAAAAUAAAUAAAUGAAGAACCUA